UCUUGCACUUGUUAUGAAUGAUUUUGUUGAUUUAGAUAAUGAAACAGCAUUAACAUCAACUACUAAAACAAGUAAAAGACAAGAAAAUGUUUCUACUUCAUUAAUUAAGGAAGAUCAAAUUAACAAGAUAUUACUCAAAAUGGUA